CUCUACAAUUUCUUUACUAUUCUGGAACUUUUGAAAAGCUAGGUUGUGUUCAGAUUCUCUACCCGUUCUCCCAUAGUGUGUAUUUGUUUAUGCCCCCCCUCAAGGAUUUAAAAGCAAUGGAUGAAAGCAUGGGUGAGGGAGAUUCCUGACACCAGUCCCUCACUUUUAAAUCCAUAAGAGGGGCGUUCACACUGGGGGUAAAGGGUAGAGAGUGGAUCUGAAGCACUGGUGGAGCCCUACAAGGGCAUUACUUUUAAGCCCGAGCCCUCUACCCAUGCUGGUGACGUUCCCUACCAAGGGCCGAUUGCUUCUGCCGAAUGUAAGGCCCGGACCUGCCCCAAAUCAGAUAUGUCCUCCUCAGUUAGUAAAUCCAUUAGCUACUCCUGUCUGUCACUUGCUCCCUGCAUGCGCUCUGCUAGUGGCAGCUCUGAGUAACCAUAGCAAUGGCUCUGCUUGGGCUGCUCAGGGUAGAGACAUGAGUGUUGUUAGCUACUUUUAGUCACUAAACUCCCAACUCAAGGAACAUAAUUUUCUGUGAAACAAUCUGUCCUAUAUUUGACGAGGUUGAAGCACUUCAGACACAAUGUUAUGAUCUUAGUCAGAUAUUGCUGUACUGCACAGCGGAGCACGAGCAAAUGACUCAGCUUCAAAAUGUGAUACCCGAGCCCUGCCCGUACCCUAGUUAUGAAAAAAACAGGCCCUACCUGGCCCUAACCCGAUGUAUAAUGUCGGGCCUGCACCGCUGAGUUAGCAUUGGUGCAGCGGGUUCUGAGAUUUCUCUGAUAAACAAUUGAAGGUGUAACGUUCCAGUGCACCUUUGUGUGAAGGGGGCUAUGAAGGACUUCCGUUGGUUAGCUCAAAGUUUUUAUUCAAGUAACACUUUUUCACACCCAAUCUUACAUAUAGUCCUACCUGUUAAGAGUACUAUAGAUCAGACCUGGUUGUAUCUGUAUGAAUUAUGGUAAAGUAAUAUCUCGGAAGCUGUGCAAUGCAGGAGCUCAUCUGAGAAAUCUAGUCUUACAAUACAACCCCAAAAAAAUACUGUCAGACCACAUUUGUUUUGUAGAAUAUUUCAAUAUCGCACUGGUGUCCUGUGAUCUGUCUGCAGCACAAUGGGCAUUUUAGACAAGCGUCUAGACUGUAACUAUGGGAUAGCACUGUACUUGGCCCAAGCACAUGCAUCAGUGUGUUUGUUGUCCUUCAGCCUGUCAUGCUGGCAUCCUUGCCAACACCCUGUAAUGAUCCAGGCUGCUCCUUAUCCACGUUCUGACAACAGGAUCUAGAACAAAAACAAUGGAGACUUGUAUGAAAAAAUUAGACAUCUGCAACUUCCAUCUGAUAUGUUCACAACAGUGAUUUAUUAUGAGGCUCAAAGACGAUGGAUGGUUGGAUACUAUUUGGGAUAUUUGAAGAUCUAGAAGGAAAUGUUAAUUGAUUUUUUUUGUCAUGUCUGGCAAUCAAAACGAACUACUCGAUCAUCAUGAACGCGAUAUAAAUUUAACCAAUUUAGCCAAUGGUUUAAAACCCAUCGGAAGAGACCAAAACCAGAUUCUUUCCAAUCAAGAUUAAUCUUGAUUAAUUUGAAAAUAUAUUCUAAUUUAAGAAUUAACAUAGCUUUGAAGAAUAUGCUGAAUGUAUUAGAUGAAACCGAAGCAGUUUGCUUUCUUCUACACAUAAAUUACUUUAAUGUAUUGUCUGCGUAUAACAGCUGUAUUUUGGGCCUCAUACAUUUAAGUAAUUUAAUGCAGACAACCGCAUACAGUAUUGUUAGAAUUACAAAAAUGCACAAUUGGGUUUAGAUGCUGCUCGUAAAUCAUGCACAUUCAUUCUGCAACUCUGAAAUGCUAUGAUUUGGGUAGCAUGAAUAAAUAGCCAGUGUCGUCUACCGCCAGCCUCCUGGGGUGAAAGUUUCCAUUGCGUUCUGGCAGGCAGGCUGUGCCAUCUCUGCAGCCUUUAGCUCCCAUCCAUCUGUUCAUGUAAAAUACACUGCCAGUGAUGCAAAGCAAACACAAAAUAACAUACAUUAUAUUUAUGUUAUCAUACCUGGAAUGAAUAGUAUUGGUUUGCAUCUUCAGGUUUUUGUUUUCAUGUAGUUUUAACGUCACGUGUGUGUGUUGCAAGAGAGACAGACACUGAUAGGUUAUAAAUAUGCAUAGGUUUAUGCAUAUUCAUGAUCUUUUAUUUUUCCUAGGAUCCUUUUUGUCCGUAUUCUACGUCUUGUGUUUUUUGGCUGAUUCAGACACACCUGAGAAUGUUGGAACUCCUCCAGUUAGGGUGGGGAUUGUGGAGACAUCAGGACAGAGCUAGAAGAAACAGUGUGAGGUAAACAGAGAGCAAUAGAAAGGAGAAAGGUAAUUAUGUUUAUACUUCCAGUGACUAGAGAAUGAACACGGUAGGCAGAGUGAUAUGUGGUAAGGGAUGCACGGCCAACCCAAAGCUCUUCACCCUGGCCUUCUCUUAGACAGAUUCCAUGAGGAAAGGAUGAGCGUGGGGAGGAGGAGGAAAGAGGAGGAUGUUCUCCUUUUCACUCCGGUGUCGACUCGGGAUCAUCAGAGGGAGGACCAAAGAUGACGGGCCCUACUCUAAGGGCAGCAAGGACUCUGGAGGGACCGACCAUGCCUCCAGGAGACGCAGUAUUGCAGAAGACUACCGGGGCGUGACCACCGUGGACCUGAUGAAGAGGGAGGGCAGUAGCCUGGGCCUCACCAUCUCCGGGGGGUGCGAUAAGGACGGCAAGCCCAGAGUGUCAAACCUGCGGCCAGGUGGGCUAGCUGCCAGGAGUGACCAGCUGAAUGUGGGAGACUACAUCAAGUCUGUGAACGGCAUCAACCUGUCCAAGCUCCGCCACGAUGAGAUCAUCAGCCUGCUGAAGAACAUAGGGGAACGUGUGGUUCUGGAAGUGGAGUACGAACUACCUCCCUUUGUCCAGAACGCUCCCUCAGGUGUCAUAGCUAAGACCAUAGAGGUGUGCCUAUACAAGGAGGGCAACAGCUUUGGAUUCGUCAUGAGAGGAGGGUUCCAUGAAGACUGGCACAGGUCUCGUCCUCUGGUAGUGACCUACGUACGGCCCGGGGGUCCUGCUGAUAGAGAGGGCACACUGAAGGCUGGUGACCGCAUGCUGAGCGUGGACGGGAUGCCCUUAAACCGAGAGAAGCACGCUGAUGCCCUCACUAUGCUGAUGCAGUGUAGCCAGGAUGCCCUGUUCCUGAUUGAGUAUGACGUCUCUGUCAUGGAGUCGGUGCAGCAGGCCUCUGGCCCCCUGCUGGUGGAGAUAGUGAAGUGUCCUGCAGCCAGCCUGGGUGUCAGCCUGGCCACCGCAGUGAACAGGAACAAACAGGUCAUCGUCAUCGACAAGAUCAAACAGGCCAGUGUGGUGGAGAGGUGUGGGGCAUUGCAUAUAGGUGAUCUCCUCCUGUGUAUAGAUGGGACCAGUACUGAGCACUGUUCCCUGAUGGAGGCCACGCAGCUGUUGGCCCAAACCUCUGACAUUGUCAAAUUGGAGAUCCUGCCAGCCAAUCAGAGCAGACUUCCCAUGAGACCUCAAGACACAGUGAAAGUGGAGAAGAGCAACCUUCACCAUUGGGACCCCACUGUCAACUACAGCCACACCCAACACUGCAAGACAUGGAGCAGUCCCAGCCACCCACUCAACCAGCAGGACCACUGCACAUCCACCUCAGGGUACAGCAGCAGCCAGGGCAGCAGCACCCUACCCUGCCCCAUCCCCCCCGCCGCCCCCACCACCAGCCCCCGAAGCACCACACACAAGAGACGCCAGCGGAGGAAGGAGCACAAGAGCUCACUGUCCCUAGCAUCCAGCUCAGUGGGCCCUGGGGGGCAGGUUGUUCAUGUGGAGACCAGCGAGGUCAUCCUGAGGGGGGAUCCACUCACAGGGUUCGGGGUUCAGCUGCAGGGGGGUGUUUUUGCCACAGAGACCCUGUCCGCUCCCGCAGUCAUCCGCUUCAUCGAGCCUGACAGCCCUGCCGAAAGAUGUGGGCUGCUGCAGGUGGGGGACAGACUCCUGUCCAUCAACAGAAUCCCUACAGAGGACGGAACACUGGAGGAGGCCAAUCAGCUACUGCGAGACGCCGCUCUGGCCAAUAAGGUCACCCUGGAGAUUGAGUUUGAUGUAGCAGAAUCAGUGGUUCCCAGUAGUGGCACAUUCCAUGUAAAACUGCCCAAGAGGAGAGGAGUGGAACUUGGCAUCACCAUCAGUGCAAGCAAGAGACCCGACAAACCUCUCGUCAUCUCUGAUAUCAGGAAAGGAAGCAUAGCCCACAGGACGGGCACGUUGGAGCCAGGGGACAGGCUGCUGGCCAUCGAUAACGUGCGUCUGGAGAACUGCACCAUGGAAGAUGCCAUGCACGUGCUGCAGCAGGCAGAGGACAUGGUCAAGCUCCGGAUCCAGAAGGACGAGGACAACGCUGAUGAGCUGGAGAUGUCUGGUUCCAUUAUCUACACGGUGGAGCUGAAGCGUUACAACGGCCCGCUGGGUAUCACCAUCUCAGGCACAGAGGAGCCCUUUGAUCCCAUCGUCAUCUCAGGCCUUACCAAGAAGGGCCUGGCCGAAAGGACUGGUGCCCUCCAUAUAGGGGACCGUGUCUUGGCCAUUAACUGUGUGAGUCUGAAGGGGAAACCCCUGAGUGAGGCCAUCCAUCUACUCCAGAUGGCCGGAGAGACUGUCACCCUCAAGAUCAAGAAACGGCAAGAUGAAUCGGAUGGGCACCAGACGUCGGAGCAGGCAGGGUUCCUGAGCGACACAGAGGAUGAGCUGACUGAUUCCCAGAAGACCAGUAAACAUUCAGGGGUGUACUCUGCCACCGUGCCCAGCGUGGACUCUGCCGUGAGCUCCUGGGAUGGCUCCGGCAUCGAUGCUGACUACGGCAGCCAAGGAACGUAUCUCCACAGAGCUGCAGAUUUGACUUUCCAGCCUAAUGAGUGGAGACGCACCAAACCGCCCAGGUCCCACCUCAACAGCAUCUCCACUGGCCUCACCGGCCUUAACCACCACUCCCACCUCUACGAUGGGAGAUACACUGAGGAUGACUGGGAUAAGGCUGCUGGAUACGCCAGUCCCCCUAGUUGUCAUGGCACCCUAAAACAGGAGGACAGCUUCUGGUCCCAGGCGCUGCAGGACCUAGAGACCUGCGGCCAAUCGGAGAUACUCAGGGAGCUGGAGGCAUCCAUGACGGGCAGCACUCUCAGCCUGUAUCUGGAAGAGACGAGGUCCCAGGAAGACUCAGUGCUACAGAGCAGAAUCAGUCCUGUGAAGAGGGGUCCCAUUCAUGACGAGCCCAAGACCAAAAGCAACCUGCAGAGGUCCAACAGGACCAGGGACACACCACCCGGGGGGACAGGGGAGCCCCAGGAGACCACCUCUCCUACAGCCCUGGAACUACUGAAGGUGACCCUGAGGAAGGACCCAGACUGUGGAGACUUUGGCUUCAGUGUGUCAGACGGCCUCCUGGAGAAGGGUGCCUAUGUCAACAUGAUCCGACCAGAUGGUCCUGCCGACCAGGCUGGGUUGAAACCCUACGACCGCAUUCUGCAGGUGAACCGAGCAAGGACCAGAGACUUUGACUGCUGCCUGACUGUCCCCCUCAUCACUGAAGCAGGAGACAGCUUGGACCUGGUUAUCAGCAGGAACCCCCUGGCACAGGCAGAUAAUGGGCCGCCUCAGGACUGCGAGGACCCCUCUGAUUCACUGUUCGACUUCCCAUAUUACAGGACCAACAGUAUCGCCCUGUGACCAAGGUCCAGGUGGAAGAUUAUGGACUAAUAGGCACUGCACAUUACACACACAUUUUGUUUUAUCAUAUCUCUUGUACACACACUUUCACACAAAACCACAUUCACACGUGAGCAUACAUGUGUAUGUGAAUAUUCACACAGACACACACUCCUUCACACUGUGACCAGUGUUAGUCAGUCUAUUCAUGUGAUGUAGAGCAGAGGAGACUCUGUCAGGCUCCUAGGGCUGUUCUGGAAAAACCACAUGUAGUUACGUAACAGCUUCUGGAUGGCAACACUAGCGUUGCUCAACUCUUGCAGAAAUCCCAGAGAAACACAAACCUCUCAGAGAAGCAGGCAUGUUCGGGACACCACCACCACCGCAUUUUUUUUUGGUGUGUGUGCAAUUGACCCUCUGUGACCUCUUGCUGGGGAUUGGUGCAGUUACACGUGAACACACUUGACACACAAACGUGGGCACAUGCUGUGCUGGACUAUUAUUUAAGCCAUGUGUUGGCUGGCUGCCUUCUCCUUCCAGCUCCCUGGCCCACACUGCCAACCCCAAGCACAAAACAGCUAGCUAGCGCCUCCAAAUAGAUAGAAUGCUAAACUGUCCCUCACUGUUACUUGCCAAGUAUUGCAAACAUUUCUAUUUUAGAUCCCCCAACUCUAUCCCGAAGUCUAAAAUGUUUGUGGAAAUGGACUAGUUGACUCAGGUCCACGUUUUAUCCCUGUUGUGUUAUUAAAUGGCCGUCAUGUGAAGGACAAAUACUUACCAAGGACUAUUUUAUCACACCUCCUGCUUUGUUCACAACAAAAGUUACAUUUCAGAAUGUUUCUUUCUCUCAUUACAUUUCUCACACCGUGUUAAUAGGUACUGGAUAGACUGGGAAGAAAUGUAAUUCAUUACUUUUUGGGAUAAGUGUUUUUGUUUCUCAAGGUUCUUGUCAACAGCUUUAUAUAAUCAAGUUCACUGUAUUUCUUACACCAAACCACACUGUUUUUGUUUGCAUGCACUAGUAGUUUACCUAAAUCAGAUCCAUGCACUAGUAGUUUACCUAAAUUAGAUCCAUGCACUAUUAGUUCACCUAAAUCAGAUCCAUGCACUAGUAGUUCACCUAAAUCAGAUCCAUACACUAGUAGAUCACCUAAAUCAGAUCCAUACGCUAGUAGAGCACCUAAAUCAGAUCCAUGCACUAGUAGUUCACCUAAAUCAGAUCCAUACAGUAGUAGAUCCCCUAAAUCAGAUCCAUACACUAGUAGAUCACCUAAAUCAGAUCCAUACGCUAGUAGAUCACCUAAAUCAGAUCCAUGCACUAUAUUUACAUGUUUUAUCACUCACGAUUUUAUUGUAUUAUACCGCUAAUGGUGAUACUGUCACAUUCUUUAUAUUGAAAAGCUUUGUCACCCACUCUAAAGGAGUGUUCCUUAUCAUAAACACACUCUACUUGAUUCUGUUGUUCCAGGUCCCGUCUCUCCUCUUUAGAUUUCACCCUCAAUAUCAGGAUCUCCUACAUGAGGCCAGGAGUUUUUCCUGACUAGGAAAACCUCCUGGCCCUAGUCCUAUGUAUACAUGUUUCAAAAGGCAUUAUACCAGAGUAUCAACUCUCAGGAGUACAGGGUGUGGUUUCCCCACAAACAGACUCUUAAGUGAAUGACGUCACCUGCCAAAUGUGGAAUAAAAUACAUUUCAAUUGAGAUGAUUUCCUUUUAAACCCAUUUUCAUGUAUCCAUUGAGGUUUAGGCCCCAACUCUCAAUAAGGUAUGGCCUCGGAUUAGAGUAUUUUCCUGAACCUCCACGGCUGUUUCUCCCGCCCAUGUUAGUAAGCAUGGUAAGCAUGUAGCUAUUGGAUUUAAUGCCCCACCCAGUAGAAAGCUCACAUUGUCCACAACGGGGAAUUUCGGAACAUUUCUGCGCUGAACAAUUGCCAUCUCUGUCCUGCUCCGUCAGACCGAACCUUCCCCAGAGCUGUUGCAGUUUUAUCAUGACAUUGUAUGGUUUUAUAAAGCUCUUACAUAACGUGUCUGGCCCUGGCCUGCUUACCAAGCUGCCUCAGUGGAAAUAAGGUGAUUUGUUUCAUUUCAUGUAAUGGCUGGUGUAGAGAUGUAGUGAGACUGCAGUCAUGCUGUCCCGUUCAGGGCUCAACUCACUGCUUUUUAAUCCUCAGGAAGGAAACAUGUCUUUAGAUUUUUUGAAAAAUGUUUUCAAACUGUCUUCUAACAUAAAUGUCCCAUUUGAUACAGAGGCCUAUUUUGUUUUUCUAAAUUUUAUUUGAGGUGUGUCUGAAUAUUAUUCAGUACACAGUCUGUACAUGGUCUACCUUCCUAUGUAUAAUGUUUUUAUUCGUAAUGACAUUCUGCGUGUGGUUUCUGUAUGUAAGAUGUGACUGAGUGCAGUAUCUGUUCUCUGUACAGUUCUUCUGUUUACAUUGUCCCCCAGCUGCAUCCAAGCAUUGCUAUUUAAUUUGUGUGGGAGUCUGAGCCAAUCUGAAGGAAAUUGGUUUGUGAGAUGUACAUGAAAUGGAUGUUAUUUUAUUCUUUAAUGAGAUGUAUUUCCUGCUUUUUAUGAAAAUAAAGAUAUGACGAAUGGGA